AUGAGCUCGAAGCUGACCAUCGUCGAGCAGCGGCUGGACCAUGCUGGAGGCCACAGGCCCAGCAGCAUCAUUCUCUCGAGCUUGGACCCGGACGACCCACGGCUGGUGUGGGUCUUUGACGACCAAUCCACGCUGUGGCUCGCCGACGUGAGCGCGUCAGGGGCAAAGUACCGCCGCAAGUUCCGCGUGUUCUUGCACGGUAACCAAGUUGUGGAGCGUUGCUGGGCUGCAAUGGUGCGAGUGCCGAAUCGCAGUGGGACCAUCGUGUUUGCCUUCCGGAAGUCCUGCAACGUCCUUCUCUGCUCUCUGCGCGGUGGUGCCGGUGGGCACCAGCAGCACGGUCAAGGAAACAGCGUUCUCCUGUUUGCGCAACAUCGCCACCCGAUAGCAGCGCUGGCCUGCUCUGACAACGGCAGCGCUGUAGUCACGGCGUGCGAGGGUGGCGAUAUCAAGGUUUGGUCGACGUUCGACGGCGGCAUCGCUGCGCAGCGCGUCAGUGCGCAUGCGCAGGCAAUUGUGUCCAUUGCCUGUGUGGGCGCCACUCAGAUCGUCACGGCGGGCAGGGAUUGCAGGGUCAGGGUGUGGAACAUCAGGGGUGCGGAGCUGGACGAAUCGCAGUGCCUCAUCACACCUGGACCGUGCACGUCAGUUGCUGUCUGGGCACCGCAGGGCAUUCCGGCCGACGUCUCGGCAUGGGCGUUGCCGUCGAUGGAGAUGGGUUCCCACCUGGUGCGCGGGAUGCAACAGGCCGCGUUCGUCGCUGCGGGCACCGUCACUGAAGAGGUGCUGCUGUGGGCUCCUGCAGAACAGUCGGGUCAGAUCGCUGGCUCAACCUGCGCCCCAUCUCUGGCCCUCCAGUGGACCACGCGACUCAGUGGUGGCGGGCACGCAAGGGCGUUGUGUUUGACAGGAGACGGCCACAAACUCGUGUGCGGAGGGGAACCGGCCGAGGGCGCGGACUCGCCGGACGAGCGGUGCUCCGUCAUCAGCGUGCUCGAUGUGGACACAGGGAAUCUCGCCGGGAGCGCGACCUUCAGCGGAACGGUAGUUGGCGUCAGUGCUCUGCCGUACACGGCAGGCGCGGACGGCAAUACGCUGGGCAUCUGCACGGGGAGGAGCGGGCCGUGUCUGCGGCACGUGCACGAUGUGGUGGCCGCAACCCUCCCGGGUCGGGUGGAAUCCGCGCGUCUGCAGGAUCGCGUGUGCAAGGAUCCCGAUCACCCGGUCCAUCAAGCCCUACAGGCAAGUGCGACCGUGUCGGCUGCGCAGGAGGCCAGAGCCGUGCUGGAUGGUGCCACAGCUCCAACCUGUGCAAGUGUUCAAGACAGCGCGGCGAUGACUGCCCAGCAUCAGGGAAUGUCAGUGGAUCAGGCGGGGCGCGACGACACUGCGCCGAUCCAGCCUUUCGACGCUACGUUCGGGGGCUCGACCGCGCCCAGCGAGGAGCCCCCUCCAGUGCCGCACUCUCCCCCGAAGAUGUCCCCUCUCCCGCGGCCCCCUGUAGCCGCGGCGAUCAACCCAUCCGCAGGCGUCGCCGCUGCACCCCCGCCUGGUGAUGCCGGCGAGCGGCCUUCCGCCGCGGCGCGUAAGGACGGGGCCACGGAUGAGAGGAAGAAGACGCGCGAUGAUCGACUGCGCGCGGCGCAGAACAGAGCGGACGAAGCUCGGAGAGCGAUUGCUCGCAAGAUCGUCCCGGAUGCACAGGUCCCUCAAGUCCCCGAGACUGGUGUCACGCCGAGUGGAGCAUUGUCAUCGGAGCUCCUGGCCAGGAACCUGCGAGCCGCGCGAGCUGCAGUCUUCGACCCACAGGCAGCUGUUGGUGCUGAUGCUUCGGCGGUGGCGGAAGCACGGAAACUGGCGGCUCGCGACGCAACGACACUACCAGGCAAUGUUCAGGUGUACGGGAGUUUGCCCGACAUCAAAAGCGAGGCAUCGGGCUCCGUGGUUGCUGCCAUCUUUCCGAAGCAGGUGCAUCCAGGAUGGCUUGAAGGGCAGAAACUGCGCCCAAGUCUCGCAAACAUGUCGCAACUUGCUCGGACGCCGCCGCGGUUAGCGAGCACGAGUGCUGUUCAGCAGCCUUAUGACAGGGCUCUGGGGGCAGCGGAAAUCGUAGCACCGCUCUCGUGA